AUGGCACCGUAUCCCAAAGACUAUGAAGUAAAUACAAAUUUUGAGAAAUGCAUUUGCCACUUUCCAGAAGUUGAAACAUGGCAUCAUCUAUGGAAGCUAGUUUCUUCCUACUUUUUUCUACUGACUUUCUGCUCUUCUAUACACAAUAUUUUUUCUGCUACAACAACAGACUUAAUCACUACGAAACAGUCCAUCAUCGAUGGAGAAACUAUUGUUUCAUCCGAUGGAACCUUUGAGCUGGGAUUCUUCAGCCCCAGAGGUUCCUCAAAUCGAUAUAUUGGGAUAUGGUACAAGCAAAUUCUUCCUUAUGUCCAAACAGUUGUAUGGGUUGCAAACAGAGAAAAACCACUGACCAAUAGAUCUUCAGUUCAACGGAAGGUAAACGCGCCAGGAAUACUUGCUCUUCUCAAUGAAAAGAAUGAAAGUAUAUGGUUCACUAACACCUCAAGAGCAGUCCAAAAUCCAGUUGCAGUGCUCCUAGAUUCUGGGAAUCUUGUUGUUAAAGAUGCAAAUGAUAACAAUCAAGAGGAUUUCCUCUGGCAGAUCUUCCAUUUUCCAACAGAUACGCAUUUGCCUGACAUGAAGCUUGGCAAGAAUUUUAAAACUGGACAUGAGGUUUACCUUUCAGCAUGGAAGAACAAUAAUGAUCCAGCUCCAGGAGAAUUCAAUCGUACCAUUGAUCCUACUGGAUAUCCACAGGUUCUCACCAAAAGUGGCACAAAUGUAUUAAACCGUAUAGGACCAUGGAAUGGUUUACGAUGGAGUGGAGCACUGUUGGAGUCCCACAUCG